AUGGUUAGAGUUCAUUCUCUAUUAUCUUUGUCAUUGGCAAUCCUAGUUUCUCUCCUGUAUUCCACAACCACUACUUUAUCUCAAUUAUCACCUGCUAAUGCUCCUAUACAACCUACACUUCCAGCUCCAACCCAACCAGCUGCAGCCCCUAAACCAUUGGUACCUUCCUUACCAGACUCACCUAGUGACUCCACACCUGACACUGCAGGCGUCGUUGACAUUGUCGGAAUCCUAAGAAAGGCUAAAUCAUUCAAUGUCUUAAUCCGACUCAUGAAAACAACUCAAUUGAUCAACCAACUCAAUUCACAACUAUUGACUAUAAAAACAGGCGGAUUAACUAUUCUUGCACCGGAUGACAGUGCGUUCUCAGAACUCAAAGCAGGAUUCCUCAACUCUCUUUCCGGUGGACAGAAACUCGAGCUCUUACAGUUCCACGUUAUUUCCGACUAUGUUUCAAGCUCUAAUUUUGAUAUUUUAACCAACCCUGUGAGAACGCUUGCGGGAGCUAAACCAGGAAAGGUGGAACUGAAUGUUGUGAGUUACGGUGGGAGUGUGAACAUAUCAACAGGGGAAGUGAACACUACAAUCAAUGGCAUUAUAUAUACUGAUAAGCAUCUUGCUAUUUAUAAGGUUGGCAAAGUGCUUCUCCCAAUGGAGUUCUUUUCCGUUGCUAAGGCACCUGCAAAAGGACCAUCUUUGGCACCAGAACCUUCAACUGAUACAGCAAUGUCGCCUAAACCUGAUAAAGAUAUAUCCUCAGACUCGUCGCAGGUAGUUAAUCCGAAAGAACAGAACUCUGGCUCUGUGAAGAUUGUGUUUGGAAAGUGCGUGUCUUUUGGGUUUAUAAUAACUAUGGUAGCAAUGAUGCAAACUUGA